GGAAGAGAUAAAGAGAAGGAUAAAGGAGGUUGCAGCAGCAGCAUGAGGAGGGGUUCCCUCGUCCCCCUGUCCCUGGUGGUGGUGGUGGUGGUGGUGGUUGGGCUGCCCCCCCCUACCAUGGCUCAGCUGGGUGACUACGACCUCCAGUACGACCCCAAUACUCUGCUACAGAUCCUACAGCAGUACGAGGCAGCCGCAGCAGAAGCAGUAGCAGUAGCAGAAGCAGAAGCAGCAGCAGCAGAGGAGUUAGAGGAUGAAGAGAAUUAUUCCUACGGUAAGCGACAAACUCCUGACCAUUACUCCUUCGGGCUCGGCAAGAGGACCCCCCAGCCCUACGCCUUUGGACUGGGCAAGAGAGGCGGGGUCUACUCCUUCGGGCUUGGCAAGAAAUCUGACAUGUAUUCCUUCGGGCUUGGCAAAAAAUCUGACUACAACUUUGGCCUUGGGAAGAGAAGUGUUCGAGAAGUGGCGAGUGAGGAAGAGGAGGAGGUGAAGAAGGAACUGCAGGAAGAUAAAGAGGGUGAAGCUAAGAGGACAAAAAGGGAUGUGAAUGAUGAAGACAAGGAAGAGGAAGAGAACAAGAGAAAUUCGCAGUAUGAUACCUACUCCAAGAGGCCAAGAGCUUACUCCUUCGGGCUUGGCAAGAGAAAACAAGAGGACAUGGCUUUCUCCAAGAGGCCGAGGGACUACGCAUUCGGGCUUGGCAAACGAGAAUACAUGGACUUAGACAAACGACCUAAAUCUUACUCAUUCGGGCUUGGCAAGAGAGGAGACGACGAGGACUUAGAGAAGAGACAGCGACCUUAUUCCUUCGGGCUUGGCAAACGAGGGUACGAGGACGAGGAGGAUGAAGACAAGACCUUAUAUGCAUUUGGGCUUGGAAAGAGACCCCGCACGUACAGCUUCGGGCUUGGCAAACGGGCUGAUGACCUGACUGAAGAGGAGGAAGAAGAGGAAGAGGACGAGGAAGAGGAGGGCUUCGAUCUGGAUGAGCUGGAGGACUUGGCUAAACGGGCUUCAGGCAUUCAAAAUUAUGACUUCGGGCUUGGCAAACGUGCUGGUCCUUACUCCUUCGGGUUGGGGAAGAGAGAGCCAUAUGCAUUCGGGCUGGGGAAGAGGCCAUCAGCUGGUAUGUAUGCGUACGGGCUUGGCAAGAGAGGCGGCCCCUACUCCUUCGGGCUUGGCAAGAGAGGCGGCCCUUACUCCUUCGGGCUAGGCAAACGAGGCGGCCCUUACUCCUUCGGGCUUGGCAAGAGAGGCGGCCCUUACUCCUUCGGGCUAGGCAAACGAGGCGGCCCCUACUCCUUCGGGCUAGGCAAACGAGGCGGCCCUUACUCCUUCGGGCUUGGCAAACGAGGAGGCCUUUAUGAAUUCGGGCUUGGCAAACGAGGAGGCCUAUACGAAUUCGGCCUUGGCAAACGAGGAGGCCUAUACGAAUUCGGGCUUGGCAAACGUGGAGGCCUAUACGAAUUCGGACUUGGCAAACGUGGAGGCCUUUACGAAUUCGGACUUGGCAAACGCGGCUCGGGCCAGUACGCGUUCGGGCUUGGCAAGAAGGCGGGCCAAUAUUCCUUCGGGCUUGGCAAACGAGAUCAGGGUGACGCUAGCGACUCCUACACGCUGGGACGGAGGUCUGGCAGCUAUUCCUUCGGGCUUGGGAAGAGAGGAGGACCUUAUUCCUUCGGCCUUGGCAAGAGAGACGGCCCUUACUCCUUCGGGCUUGGCAAACGCGGAGGUCCUUAUGAAUUCGGCCUUGGGAAGAGAGGUGGCCCUUACUCCUUCGGGCUUGGCAAACGUGGAGGUCCUUAUGAAUUCGGCCUUGGCAAGAGAGACGGCCCUUACUCCUUCGGGCUUGGCAAACGCGGAGGUCCUUAUGAAUUCGGCCUUGGGAAGAGAGGUGGCCCUUACUCCUUCGGGCUUGGCAAGAGGGAUGUGAAUGAAGAGGAACAAGAUAAAAUGGUACUUGAAAAUGAGGGUCCUAGUGGUGACUCUUCCUCUUCCUCUUCCUCUUCUUCCUCCUCCUCCUCCUCUUAGGUUUGUCUGUAAUGCGUUUUAAUCUUUUGAAAAACUAUAUAUACAUAAAAAAAAAAUGGUAUACUACGUUGAUUAAGAAGUUAAAUAAAUAAACAAAUAAACCUCGUAUAUGAGAGAAAUUUAUCCUCAAACAAAUAUAUAUAUACAAAAUAAAAUAAUACAAUAUGAAGUAUGAAGAAUAAAAAUAUAUAGAUGUCAUGUUAUAGAGGUGUGAAUCCCUUAUGUAGAGAGACUAUAAGUGACACAACAAACACAAGACAAUAAAUUCAUGAAAGAACAGGAAAACAAAACACAUAUUCCAGUACCUUAUGAAAAGACGAUGCGAGACAAUAAGGAAAAGAAAAAGAAGAAUCGGAUACCUUAUGAAAAACGAUUCUAGACCAUAAAUAAACAAAAUAGGAUUAAAUACCUCACAGAAAGACGGUUUUAGACUAUAAAUAAACAAAGGAAGAUCAGACGCCAUACGAGAUGACAAUAAACGAUAUAAUACUGAAAAAAUAUGUAUAAGGAAAUGAAUCUCGGGAAAUAAAAAAAUAAUAGUAAAUAAAUAUAUGAGAAGUACGGAUAAAAUGACACUAAACUAAAAGAAAAUAAGAAGAAAAGAAAUUGAGAGUAAUGAAAUAGGUAAAUGAAAGAUAAUGCUUAUAUAAACAUACAAACAAACAAUAAAUAAUAAAGAUACAAAAUAUAUGAAAAAAAAUAUACUAAAAUAAAAAAAAAGGAAAGAAGGAAUAGAGAGAAACUGAAUAAAUGAAAAAUAUACACACACAUACACAUCUAUCACACAUAAACAUGAAUAAUAAAAAAAAUUAAUGCAAAAAAUGAUGAAAAAAUAUAAGGAAAAGAGGGAAAGGAGAAUAAAUGAAUGAAAAACAGACAUACACAUAUCUAUACAAAAAAAGAAGAAGGCGUAUACAAUGAAUAAUGAAGGGUAAUAUUUAAAUGUAUACACUGUAGAUGUCUUCCCAUACAUUAUAUAUUAUUAUUCAUCAAACGAAAAAAAAAAUAUGAUGAAAAAAAAAUCUUAAUUCGUUUUACUUAUAACCAGUUUUAAUUUCCACGAAUUAUUUCAUAUUUGCACUUUUCUUUAUUAUUUAAGUAUCUGAUGAUGAUGAUGAUGAUGAUGAUGAUGAUGAUGAUGAUGA